UUGGUUCAAGAACAUGUUCCAGUUCAACCUCCAAAAGUACAAGUGGGCGAAAUGCUUGUUGACCGCAUGACUGGCAUUUGUCUGUGAUUACUAGCAAGUGUCCAUUCAGAGAUUUUGCUAAUGUUUCCUCAUUUAGGAAAUGAUCUGGAAGAUGCUUGUGAUCGAAAGCUCCAUAAGACAGAGAGACAGAAGGACAGAAUUAAUGGACAGAAGAGAAGCAGGGUGAGUACGGAGCGUCUGCGGGCCCGGUCCCGUGUUGCAGCUAAGAGCAGGAGGGAGAGAGAGAGCCGUCUGUUUGGGGAGCUGGCAGCAUGGCUACCUCUGCCCUCUGGUCUGACUGGCCACAUAGACAAGGCUUCUAUCGUCAGACUCACACUGGACUACCUGCGUCUGAGAGCACUGCUAGACCAUAGAGACAAUGCUACAACAGAGACCAGGGUCUGCUCUGACACAGUCCACUUCACCAUGCACGGCCGAUACCCAAUGGCUGGGCUUUUCUCUGAGGAGACAGUGCUGGAGUCAGCUGUUGGGGGUUUCAUGAUCUUGGUGUCCCAGAACGGCCAGGUUAUCUUCACUACAGGGGACAUAAGCACACACACUGGCAUCAACCAGAUGGAUCUGAUUGGUAGGAGUCUGUUUGACUUCAUGCACCACUGUGACCAGAGGGAGGUCAGAGAUAUCCUCUCAAAAAUUAUAGCUACUGAGGGACGACAGCAGUGUGACUUCCUUCUCCGUGUGAAGAGCACUCUGACCUCUCAGGGUCGAUCUGUCAAUCAAAGACACACACCUUGGAAGGUGAUUCACUGCGUCGGGGUUAAGAAACAAUCUCACCUUCCAGAGUCAGCCUGUCUUGUCCUAUUGUGCCGACCCCUCCCCAUCUCACAAUGCAUCGUCAGGGAUGCCAGCUUGAAUCACAAGACCUUCCUGAGCGGACACCGCCCGGACAUGAGGUUCACCUACUGCCAUUCAGGUGUCAAGGAGCUGACUGGAUAUACAGAAACAGAACUUCUGGGCCAGUCUGUGUAUCAGUAUUACCACACGUCUGACUGCCAGCACAUUCACAAAGCACACCAGAGCUUGCUCUCUAAGGGCCAGGCUACCAUGAGCAGGUACCGUCUGCUGCUGAAAGGUGGUGGUUAUGUGUGGGCAGAGACGGAUGCAUCGGUGGUGUACAACAACGAGACUGGGCAGCCCCAAAGUGUCGUCUGCAUCAACUACAUUCUAAGUGAUGUGGUGCUACCAGAGAUGGUGUUCUCACUGCAGCAAAUAGAACCGUUACUGAGGCCCUGUUACCCUGAACUUGAGGUGGGGCCCACCCUGCAGAAUGAGGUGGAGCCCACCCUGCAGAAUGAGGCAUGUCCUACAGCAGAGACUCCUGUUAAUCUACGCAACUCAACAAUACCAACUCCAGAAUACAACGAUGAGAUCCAAACCUAUGAGGGAUAUGCAGAGCUCAACCUAGAAGAUCAAAUGAACAUGAACUCACGCUCUGAACUAUGUGAGCUGGACCUGGACUUGUUGGCUCCAUACAUACCCAUGGAUGGAGAAGACUUCCUCCUCACUCCAGUUUUAGAUGGCAUCUUGGCCAUGACAGAAGGCCCUGUUCUUCCACCUGGCUUGGAGGGCCAUUGUUCCUUGGGGAAGUUCCCUAUAUCUGCUGGUUCUUUCACCACACAUCAAAUGGAAACCUUGCAGAUAGAGCCCCCUUGUGACUCAAGGGGGUCACAUACGGUCAAAGAGUCAGAGUUUGGGGACCAUAUGAAGUCAGUCUAUAGAGGAGGCAGUGAUGUAUUCAAGGAGGGCACUGACCACGCCGAAUGGGAGGGUCUUGUCCUGAACGAACAGUGGAGUGAGAAACACACAUCCCGUAGACAUCCACAGGUAUUCAUGACUGCUGCAGCUAGGCUGCCUUACCGGACCGUGGAAUAUUUCCCCAUUCACCCACCAGAUGGAUCCACUUGCUUGUGUGGACCACCAUCAAGGCAAGUGUUGUGGAAAUACACACAGCAGCCCAAAACCCUAAGCACAGGCCCUCAGACACCUACCAAUCAUUUAGACAAGAGGUCAACAUGCCAUGUUCCUUUCACCCUGCCAGUCUUGAGCAGGCUGGACUGUGAGGUCACUCUGGGACCAACCAGCUGCCUGCUUCAGGGGUCAGAGAUCACCUCAGUCCUGGACCAGACCGCCUCCAGAUUCUUACACCUCACAACAUCGGGCACAAAUCAGCUCUCCACCCAACAUGCCCAUCCUGUGUACGCACCCAGAUCAGCUAUUGAAGUCAGCUCUGGCACAUCGACAUCGUACGGUGAAUGGAUAACAUGAACUUGAUCCUCACAACACCAUUUUUUAUUCUGCAACGAAUGGUGCCAAUCUCUCCUGAACUAGGUCUAUAUUGUGACUUUUACUGGACAACGUAACUAACAAACGUUGAUGCAUAGCCUAGUUAUUAAAUACUGCACUUUAUUACAAUGAUCCAGA